AUGUCCGGAAGCAUGAAGGCCAUCAAGAUCCACGGUCAGGGCAAGGCGUCGGUUGUUGACACGCCCGUUCCACAGCUGCGUCCCGGCACCGUGCUCGUCAAGCCUGUUGCCCUCGCGCUGAACCCCACCGACUGGAAGCACAUUGCGUUCGUGCCCGGCACCGAAGGCUGCACGUCGGGGUGCGACUACGCAGGCGUGGUGCAGGAGGUGGGACCGGGCGUGACGAGCAUCAAGAAGGGCGACCGCAUCGCCGGGUGGACGCAUGGCGGAAACUGCAACAACAAGGAGGACGGCUCGUUCGCCGAGUACCUGGUCGCAAAGGAGGGCAUCGAGCUCAAGAUCCCCGAGGGCGUGAGCUUCGAGGAGGCGGCGACGCUGGGCGUGGGCAUUUCCACCGUCGGCCAGGGCCUGUACCAGUCGCUCAAGCUGCCGCUCCCCAACCAGCCCGCCACUGAGCGCUUCCCCGUGCUCGUCUACGGCGGCAGCACCGCCACGGGCACCCUGGCCAUCCAGUUCGCCAAGCUCUCCGGGCUCGAGGUCGUCGCUACGUGCUCGCCGCGCAACUUCGACCUGGUCAAGUCGCUGGGCGCCGACGCCGUCUUCGACUACAACUCGCCCACAGUGGGCGCCGACAUCCGGGCGCACACGGGCAACAAGCUCUACCACGCCUUCGACUGCAUCGCCGAGGGCAACUCGGCCCAGAUCUGCGCCGACGCCCUCUCGGCCGACACGUCGGCUAAGAAGCCCGUCUACAGCGCCCUGCUGUACCUCGAGAUGCCGCGCAAGGACGUCGAGGCCAAGUACACCCUCGGCUACACCAUCUUCGGCGAGGAGGUCAACAAGCCCUUCAUUCCCAGCACCCUGCCCGCCAGCCGCGAGGACUACGAGUUUGGCUGCAUGUUCUGGCGCCUGUCCGAGCAGCUGCUGGCCCAGGGCAAGUUCAAGGUGCACACCCCGGACGUCAGGGGCGGCGGCCUGGAGGGAGUGCUCGAGGGCUUGGAGGAGCUCAAGCAGGGCAAGGUCAGCGGCAAGAAGCUGGUCUACAAGUUGUGA